AUGGGGAUGGGGAAUGAGAUCCCCGCCCCGCCCAUACUAUCAUCGCUAUCUAUGGCACAUACUGCACAACAAUAUGAGACUGCUUCUACUGGUCAUGCCUCCUCAGGGCCACCGAGUUCUUUAUUCGGGGCUGAACUUAAUGCUCUCCGACAUCUACUAGCACAACAUUCCUCCAUUUCCACCUUUAACUUCACUCAAACAAGUUCCUCUCAUUUGGCACAUCAGGUUUCCACAUUCUCUAGUGGGCCACCCUGGAUCAUUGAUUCAGGAGCCGCUGAUCACAUGACUGGUAUGGCAUCUGAUUUUUCUUCGUACAGUUUAUGUUCUGGUAAGGAUAAGGUUAGAGUGGUUGAUGGCACCUUCACCUCCAUUACAGGGGAGGGCACCGUUUCUGCCUUUCCUAAUCUUACCUUAUCAUCUGUUCUUCAUGUUCCAAAGUUUACCAAUAACCUCCUUUCUGACUUGGACAUGGGAAUACGAUUGGAAGUGAACGUGAGGGCAAUGGCUUGCGAGUUUAUGUAUGGUGGUCUUGGCUCCUUUUUUGCUGAUAACGGGAUUGUCCAUCAAACCUCUUUUGUCGAUACACCAAAACAGAACGGUGUAGCUGAAAGAAAAUACCAUCAUAUUACGGAGGUGACCCGUUUGCUUCUAAUUGGGAUGGGAGUGCCUAAAAGUUAUUGGGCUGAUGCAACCUUAACAACUACAUGCCUUAUCAAUCGCAUGCCUUCUAAGGCUCUUGGUUAUCAAUCCCCCUUCUCUGUUUUACACCAUGACAUUGCCUUGUUUACUGUCCCUCCGAAAGUGAUUGGUUGUGUUUGUUAUGUUCACAUUCAUCAUCGUAACGAUAAAAUGGACCCUAAGGCAAUCCGAUGUGUCUUUCUUGGACACUCCGCCACCCAGAAAGGGUAUGGGUGUUAUAACCCUACCACUCGUCAUCGCUUUGUCUCUAUGGAUGUUACAUUCUUUGAGUCUGUUCCUUUUUUUUCCACCACUCGGGAUUCUGUACAGGGGGAUGAUAAGUGCUGA